CAAUCAUCAGUCCCUUCACACCAGGCAAUACUGAACUCAGAGCCCUGUUCAAUCUCAGUCAAGCAAUUUGAAAUAAAGCUCCUUUUUUGUGGGUGGAAGCCAAACAAAUGGGGCAAAAAUGGAGAAUCAAUAAAGAAUACAUAUAAAGUAAUCUGGCUAACUCUAGUCAUAGCUGGUAGCAGAGAUGUUCAAACAAUUGUAGUUCAAACAUGGUUUUGGAAAGAAAAUAGAAGACUGAGACUAGUGUAAAAAACAUGAAGUGUAAUUUUUAAAAAAAAGAGUACAAAGUUACACUGUUUGCAGAUGUGGAACUAAAACUGUGUGAGGACUAAUGUGCUAAAAAACACAGGAAAUCUUAGUUUAUACUCCACAUGAGGUGUAAAGACUGGCAAUCUGUUUUAUUUUCCAUUUUUUUCCCACUAAAGUGCCUCCAGAUAAACCUGAAAAUGUCAUCUGUGAAACAACAAGAAGCUCAGACUUCAUAAACUGCUCGUGGACAAGAGGACAAGAAACUCACCUCGACAUGUUGUACAACAUUUCAAUCAACAGAGAAAAUGGGACCAGAAUACAUUCAGCUCAAACCCGAAAUGCUGAAAAAAUCACCAUACGACGAGGAAUGUUAGAAGAAAACACUAAAAACCUGAUAAUCAUCGCUGCUUACAACCCCUUUGGGGUUUCACAAUCUGAUCCUUUCAUCUUCUGCAUAAAGGAUAUCGUGAUACCAGAAACUCCUCAUAUCACACAGAUAGACUUUGGGAGCAACUCCACAGCAGCCAUGAUUGAAUGGAGAACCGCUGAAUCCCCCGUGCAGCUCAGAUCGUCCGUCAGGAUGUCUGCAGAUAACGUUUCCUGGGAAGUGAGAGAGGGAACCGAGCUGGUUGAGGGUCUGAUACGAGUGGACGACCUGAGGCCUGUGACUGCGUACCAGUUCCAGAUGAGAACAUGUUACUCAGCCUCAGGGUUGACGGAUACCAGCACGUCCAGGUCCAGCAACAGGUCACUCUGCAGCAAAUGGAGCCCCUCUGUGUGGGAAACAAGCCCUGGAAAAGGUCCAUCGAAGCAGCUGCAUGUGUGGAGGAUAUUAGGUGGCCAAGAAACAAACUGUCAGCAGACUGUGACUGUUUUGUGGAAGUCUCCAUCUGUAGAGGAUUACAGCGGAAAGGUGAAAGAGUACAACAUCUUUCUGGCUAAUGACCAGAAACACACCUGUGCUGCUGCUGUCAACAGUUGUUCAGUUCAGGUACCGGCAGGGGUUAAGACUCUGAACGUCUCUGUUGUCACCUCAUACGGGAGCUCUCCACCAGCUCGUGUAGCUCUCAGACACUCAGGUGUUUUGGGUCCAGUCCUGGAAGAGUUGGUUAGUGCAGCUAAUGGUAGUGCUGUGUUCAUCUCCUGGUCGGGCCCAAGGAACAAACAGGGGUCAGCGUUUGGAGAGGAGCUGUUGUACUAUGUGAUGGAAUGGACAAGUGUACCUGAAGCAGAGAUGCAAUGGCAAAAGCUGGCCAAAGAUCUGAAAACCACAUCCAUCACAGGUUUGACUCCAGGUGUGAGGUAUAAUGUCUCUUUAUAUGCUGUGACCACCAGAGGUGUCAGUGCUCCAUCAUCCAGCCUCAUCUACUCCAGAGAGAUGAAGCCAGACUCUGGUCCGAACAUGUCAGUGCUGGUUCAUGAGAGUGGACGGAUCCUGAUCCAAUGGGACGAGCUUCCUGUUGACCAGCAGAGGGGCUUCAUCACAAAGCACACCAUCUAUGUUCAGACGUUGGACUCCAGCAACACAGAACUAAACAUGACAGUACCUAUUUCUGGACCAAGACAGAUGUGGCUCGAAUGUCCUGAAGGAGAUUUGGCUCUGCAGCUGACAGCAUCUAAUUCAGCAGGAGAAGGACCAAGGGGGAGACAGAUCUCCUCUCAGCCGGCAGCUCCUGCAGUUGGCCUGGUCAUUGUGAUUGUUUUCAUCCUUACCACCUUCAUAGGGAUCCUCGCCAACCUGAUGUGCUGGAGUUGUGUGAGAGAAAGUAUCAAACAGAAGUGCAUUUCAUGGGGACCAGCAUGGCUUGUUGAAAACUUGCCGAAGCCAGAACACAGUAAUGCCAUCAGACUACUGGAGCACGACGGAGACGAACCCUUGUUCUCGUCCACCUACAGCGACCCUCCACUGUCCCCCAUCAUCGUGAUCUCUCAGGAGGAGAGUGAUGAAGUGUACCCCGCCAUCCAUGUCGAAGGGUCCCAGACUGGGUCAGGACAACGCACACCGGAGACACCUUUACUCCCGUCUCAAACUGGAAUAAUGCUUGUUGACAGCUACAAACCCCAGAUCGCUUCACUGACUCCACAAGAAGAGGAUGCAGAGGAGAACCAGAUGAAUGUUCCAACAAAUGAUGUGGAAGAUACAAGUGUGUUUGAAGGAUUUCUAGGAGGCUUUUUGUUCAGUAUGGAUGUGGAUUUCUCUAAUUCACCUCAGGGACUGACUCUCGGCUCUGUUAGUGGUUUUAUGUGGCCUACAACUGCUGAGACAAGUGUCUUGAAUAGCGACUUCUUACAAGAAAGGAUAGCGACUGAGGAUGUCGGGGAAACAGAGGUUCCUUCAUCUCUGGAUGUGCAACAAGACGACAUAAUGACACCUGACACAGCAGAUUUGUCUCUGUGUGCAGAUGAGACAAUUCUGAAUGGUGGUUACUUCCCUCAGGUAGCUGCUGUCAAAUGAACUACACUAUAACGCACAGAGGUAGCAGGUACAAUGAGAAUGGCACAAACUGGAUUAACGGCACUACUAAACCGAGUUCAGAAAAGCAUUAUUAAAGCACCACCUCACUUCAAAUGUUGGUCUCAGUGACUUUGUGUGAUCAGAAAGAAACAUACUGCUUCAGAUGGUCUGUAAAUAUCAUCAGUAUGGGGUCAAAAACAAUGUUGUUCAAUGAAAAAAAGACUGUAUAGCGAUUAAAUGUUGUUCUAACAGGGCAACCAAAGGGUGGUUGGACUGGUAGGUCCUGGCUGGUGAGACCUUUGCUGCAAGUCAUUUUGCACAGUUUUUUCUGUGUUUCAUGGUCUGAAUAAAGGCAAAAAGAAAAAAAAGUAAAAAUAUUACUGAGUUGCAUACAUUAUAAAUCAUUACUCUAUGUUGGGAUGUUGGCUGCACACUGACUGGGUGGUUAGCACUUGGACAAAUUUUGUGACACAUUUUAAGAAAUUCCCUUCACGCUUCAUGAUAUUUAUCCCAUAGAUGAGAAAGGGACAAAUUUAUGUACAUUAACUCUAAGUAAAGCCUUGUUUCCAACUUAUAGAUCCUUUAGAAAGAUUGUAAGUUACAGGUAGAACAAGGCACCUUCAUAGGGAAGCUCCUAAAUUGAAUGCAUAUGAGGAAGCUAAGAAGUAUUUCUGAUCAUUCACAGGAAAAUAUUACAUCAAAACAGCUUUUCUACAUUACAAAACAGUUAUUUUAUUAUUAGGGUGUGUCUCUCUCUGUGUUUCGAAUGUUAGCUGCCAUCUUUAGUGAACCGUGAAGUAGCACCAAGUGUGAAAUUUUUCCACAACACCCAGGCAGAGGAGGAGGCAGUUGGGGGUUCCCCAGCCGGUGGCUCAGUGAUGGUAUAGUGCUGAACCUAAACCUUCAUACGUGCACCACCUGCAGUUAAACGUCGUUUUAAUCACUUCCUGAGCGUCAUCUCACUUCCUCAUUGAACAUCUAAAUUUCAGGGGGGUCUAUCCUUCACUGACAGACUGAAGUUCUACGAAAUCUUUGUGUUCCUCAUUGUUUCUGAGAAUCAUGUCCCAUCUUUCUUGCUGAUUUUUAACUCUUCCAUUCACUUUCACGCCUGUAUUUUGCUUCUAAUGAAUGCAGUGUCGCUACAGGGGAAAGUCCCACAAUGCAACACAUGGGGAUGCAUUUGAGGGAGUGAGAGACUUUGGGCUGCGUGGAAAAUGUGAUGACGAAAAUUUAUCUGAGGGUCUGUUGGAACUCCUUCUUCUCAGAUGUCAUAUAUUUUCCAAAACAUUGUCUAAACAGCAGUCUGAAGAGUUUCCUUAUCAGACUCAGCGAGAGAAAGCAGAUGAGUUCUAUCACAAAGCACUUUACUUGAGUAUUUCAAAUUUAUGCUUCUUCAGGGAGGGAAAUAUUGAACUUUCUGCUCGACUACAUGUAUCUGAAAACUUUAGUUAAUUCUAAGAAUAAGAUAAUAUAACAAGGUUUUGAAGCACAACACUUUGUUCAAGGUUGAACCAGUGAGUUAAAAAAAUUUGGGGGUUAUUGCAAACUUUGGUCCGUCGUAAACGCCACAUUUCAGAUUUCUCUGAGUUGCUAAGAAAGAGCUCUAACAAAUGCUUUUCCCCUCAAAAUCUAAUUUUAGAAACGGUUCAAAUGAUUCAAUAUCUCACCAAAAAUCAAAGCUCGGAGAAAAAGUCCACAAACUAAGAAUGGAUUCUUGUACCAGAACUUCAUUUUUCAGCUUUCUUGUCGCAUUAAACAUCUGAUGAGCCCUCAGAUUAUGAUAUCUGCUGUUUCUGUGUGCAAAACUGUAUAUAAAGUAGUUCUAGCAGCUACAACAGUAACACCCUGUUGACAUAAUGAUGCUUUACUGUUAUAUCACAGUCAUCUGCUGUCAUAUAUAAUAACACUUACUUUAUACAAUUCAUUCAAA